AUGGCGUGGCUUAUUAUCCUUCUUCUCUGCGCUGGGAAUUCAAGUGCACGGUAUAUUCGCGAUUAUAUUCAUAAAAGUAGCCCACACUUGGAGGAUAGAGUAUUCAGUCUGCUCGUCAGAUUACAAUUGGAGGAGUUCUAUGACACACUGCUUCUCUAUGGAGAGGAUUGUGUUUUUCAUUCGCCAUCCCGACGCUUGAAUGUAUCCACAGUGCUCGUGUCCUCGGGCAGCUCCAACUUUGAUUGGAACUUCAGCAGCCUAACCUUGAUAUUGAGCUGUAGUCCUGAAGACGAAAACGAGACAAACUACCAGACUCUUGCUAAAUUGCAACGCAACAGGAGGUUAGUUUAUCUAAGAGAAGUUACUAACCCGCAUUCGGUGUGCGAAAGAUAUUCACAGAAGGAACAAUACAAUGUAGCUACAAUAGCGGAAGACUUCGAUAGGUCGAGAACUGUCUAUGCGUGUCGCCACUUUAGAGAUCCUAGCAUCGAGGAAGUAAGUUUACUGGAGAGAAAUCCAGUUUUUAUAGAACAGUUCCGGAAUAUGCACGGAAAACCCAUCCGAGCAGUGGCAGAUCUCUUAUCUCCGCGUUCGAUGCUUUAUGUGGAUGCAAAGACCGGUGAUAUGAAAACAACAGGCUAUGUGGCCAAUUUGGUUAAUACUUUCGCUGAGAGAGUAAAUGCUACCCUGGAAUUAGAGGUUUUGGCCAAUAAAUUGAUCGUAAAGGAAAUUUUAAGUAUGGUGGAAAACGAACAGCUGGACAUUGGGAUCACCCUAGAAUCCUCCUUUCGAAUGACAUUCAUAGAUAUUUCCAGUUAUCCGUACAUUCUGACAUCGUACUGUCUUAUGGUUCAGGUUCCAGCAAAGUUGCCGUACAAUUUGGUGUAUGCCAUGAUAAUAGAUCCGCUCGUCCUGGGAAUAAUCUUUCUGUUGUUCUGCCUGCUCUCUGUCCUGCUAGUAUACAGCCAGAAAAUGUCAUGGCAGGACCUGAGCCUGGCCAACAUUGUACUUAAUGAUAAGAGCCUACGAGGUCUCCUGGGCCAAUCCUUUCCGUUUCCAUUGAAUGCUAGCAAAAAGCUGAGGCUGAUAUUUACCAUUUUAUGCUUUGCCAGCAUUAUGCUUACCACGAUGUACGAAGCCUACUUGCAAUCCUUCUUCACGAACCCGCCAUCCGAACCAGAAAUCCGCUCAUUCCAAGAUAUUGGCAGCUAUAACCGAAGAAUUGCAAUGCCUGCUCUGGAGAUUAAUGGUUUGAUCAAGACCAAUAAUUCACACUUCAGAGGAAUUCGCGUAGAUGAUUUAGAAAUUUUCGAUAAUAUGCCGGAGUGCUAUGAGCAGCGCGACGCCUUCAACCUGAGCUACAACUAUGUGGUAACCGGAGAUCGCUGGAGAUCCUACGCGGAACAGCAGACGCUUUUCAAGGAGCCAGUCUUCUACUAUGCGAGGGACUUGUGCUUCUCAAGACUGAUCUUCUUGUCGGUUCCCCUGCGAAGACACCUGCCAUAUCGUCAUCUCUUCGAUGAACACAUGAUGCAGCAGCAUGAGUUCGGCCUUGUGAACUAUUGGAUGAGCCACAGCUUCUUCGACAUGGUGAGACUUGGUCUAACGCCUCUCGAGGAUCUGAGUAGGCCAAUAGCGUACACUCCAAGCCUAUUAAUGGAUGACAUUUCGUGGAUACUAAAAAUCUACUUGGCUGCUAUGGUACUCUGCGUUCUCUGCUUAUUGUUGGAAAUUGGAGUAGACAUGUGGAAGCGCAGGGUGAAAUUCCGAAAUCUACAAAUUCUAAACACCUUUUGA